AGCUUCCCGCGCAUGCGUAGGAGCGAGUAGCCGGGGAACGCGGCGACACAAGGAGGCAGGAGACGCUUCAGGCGCGAGGCCGGCGGCGGUUUCUCCAUCAACGCCCACUUCAGAGUCUCGUGGACUUCGAGCACUGGGGCUGCGAAAAGGAAUUUAGUGAGGGAGAAAAGAAAGCCGAAGAAUCCGGCUAUCAAGAAAACCCUCUUUCUCUGUUGUCGCCGAGGGAAGCGGAAGUGCCGCCAUCUUGAAGAGAGGCAAGAUUUAAGGACGCGUUUCACAGGGCGCCAUGGCGGAGCCGGAGAGCCUUGAGGUGAUGGUGAAAACCUUGGACUCUCAGACAAGGACCUUCACGGUGGAGGAAGAGAUCACAGUGAAGGAGUUCAAGGAGCACAUCGCGGGCUCGGUCAGCAUCCCCUCGGAAAAGCAGCGCCUCAUCUACCAAGGGAGAGUCCUGCAAGACGACAAGAAGCUGAAAGAAUACAAUGUCGGAGGCAAAGUCAUCCACUUGGUGGAACGUGCCCCCCCGCAGACGCAGUCGCCCUCGGGGGGCCCCUCUGGAGCCGGCUCAUCCUCCAUCCCUCACAACGGUGCGGGCCCCCGGGGGAGCGGCCCCACGGUGCACGACCGCAACGCCAACAGCUACGUCAUGGUGGGAACCUUCAACUUACCAGUAAGCAUUAUGGAUCAGCAACCGCCCACGCAAAGCGAUGGAUCAUCUGUGGACGUUCAUAUAAAUAUGGACCAGGCUCCCAUACAGAGCGAGCCUCGCGUCCGUCUCGUCAUGGCCCAACAUAUGCUGCGGGACAUCCAGGGCAUCCUGGGCCGGCUGGAGGGUCACGCCAACGGCCAAGCCGCAUCAGGGCCCGAGGAGACGGCGCCCGCCGGCCACGCGGAACGGGAACCGAUGGAGGGCGCGGAAUCCGAGCCUCCCAGCGAGCCCACGCCUGCGGAGGAGACGCCCCCGUCCGGGACCGAGCCGCCCCCCGCGGCCGAGGCUGCCGCCCCCAACCACCCGUCGCCAGGCGAGUACGUGGAGGUGCUGGGCGAGCUGCGUGGGGUGGAGAGCCGGCUCCAGCCCUUCCUGCAGAGGUACGAGGAGAUCCUGGGCACCGCCGGCACCGCCGACUACAACAAUAACACUGAAGGCCGUGAAGAGGACCAGCGGAUGAUCAACCUGGUGGGGGAGUCGCUGCGCCUCCUGGGGAACACCUUUGUCGCCCUCUCGGACCUGCGCUGCAACCUCUCCUGCAGUGCCCCCCGCCACCUCCAUGUGGUGCGGCCCAUGUCCCACUACACAGCCCCCAUGGUGCUGCAGCAGGCGGCCAUCCCCAUCCAGAUUAACGUCGGCACCACGGUCACCAUGACGGGCAACGGGGCCCGCGCCCCCCAGGCCGGCUCGGAAGGCUCCGCGUCCCCCCCCCAGGCUGUCGCCCCCUCCCAGCCGUGCACUUCCAGCACGCCAGAGGCCGGCCGGCCUUCCGAGGGGUCGGCUCCGCCCUCCGCCCCAGGGGCCGCCCCUACUCAGACGCAGGCCUCCCAGACAGGCCACCCCCGCGUGAUCCGCAUCUCCCACCAGACGGUGGAACCCGUGGUCAUGAUGCACAUGAACAUACAGGAUUCCGGCUCCUCGAUGGGAGGGAGCGCCUCUGGCGGAGUGCCGCCCACCGGACCGGCCGGGCCGACCGGGCACGCCCAAGGAAUGGGCGCUGCCGCCGCUCACCUGCCGCUCCCCAGCCUCCCGCCGGAGUUCAUGCAGGCGGUGGCCCAUCAGAUCACGCAGCAAGCCAUGGCUGCGGCUGCCUCUGCUGCCGCUGCAGGCCAGCAAGUCCCCAGCUUUCCGUCGGCUCCGACGCGCGUCGUGAUCGCCCGGCCCUCCGCGCCUUCCGUCCGGCCCACUCACCCUGGGUCGCCCCAGGCUCCGGGACAAGGGGCGCCCGGCUUGGGCGGGAACGCUUCAUUGGCCCAGAUGAUCAGUGGCUUGGUGGGGCAGCUGCUCAUGCAGCCGGUGAUAGUAGCUCAGGGCAGCGGGCCGCCCUCCUCCUCCUCCGUCAGCACCCAAGCGACCUUCAGCCCCAGCAACUCCGCCUCCCCGCCCACCGCCUCAGCCAGCGCCGGCACGACCAACACGGCCACCACCGCUGCGGGGGGCAGUUCGGCGGGGGCCCCCGGGGGGCCCCUCCCCUCUGGCCAGCCUCCGACGGCGGCUGCCGAGCUCCAGUUCUCUCAGCUGCUGGGCAACAUCCUGGGAGCGGCGGGCUCCAGCAUGGCCGGGGUGGCGGGCGUGGGCUCCCCCACCAUCACGGUGGCCAUGCCGGGCGUCCCGGCCUUCCUGCAAGGCAUGACGGACUUCCUCCAGGCGACGCAGAUGGGGGCGGCUGCCCCGCCCCCUCCUGAGCAGGCUUCGCCCCCACCGCAGCCGGCGGCGUCUCCCCCUCCCCCACCGCCCCCUCCCCCUCCUCCCCAAAGCGGCACGGAGGCGCCACCAGCCAGUGUGGCCGGUGGCGGCGGCGGCGGCGGCAGCAACGGGCGUGGGCCGGCGGAGGCGCUGCCGCUGGAGUUCUUCACCAGCGUGGUCCAGGGGGUGCUCUCCUCCAUGAUGGGCUCGCUCAGCGCCCAGCAGGGCAGCACCGAGAGCAUCGCCGACUUCAUCCAGCGCCUGAGCGGCACCAGCAAUAUCUUUGAGCCCGGCACGGAAGGGGCCCUCGGCUUCUUUGGCGACCUGCUUUCUCUGAUCUGCCAGAACUUCUCCAUGGUGGACGUGGUGAUGCUCCUGCACGGGCAGUUCCAGCCCCUGCAGCGGAUCCAGCCCCAGCUCAGCCACUUCUUCCGCGAGGAGUACCUGCACGGCCAGGAGCCCACCGAGCGCAACGUCCGGAUGGCCACUAACCAUUUGAUUGACGGCUUGGAGGAGUACAUCCGGGAGAGUUUUGCCUCUGUCCGAGUCCACGACGGCGUCGACAUCACCCGCUCCAACCUGGAGUUCUUGCAGGAGCAGUUCAACCGCAUCGCCACGCACAUCCUGCACUGCGCAGAUAACACCUUUGGGUACCGGCUGCUGGAGCUGUGCAACCAGGGCCUGUUUGAGUGCUUGGCGCUGAACCUCUACUGCUUGCGAGGCGAGCAGGCAGCCCUGACCACCGUCAUCAGCGACCGCAUUAGGCGGAUGUCGGCGGACAUGAACCCGUCCCUGGUGAGCUGGCUCACCACCAUGAUGAGCAUGCGCCUGCAGGACAUCCUGGAGCACAUGCCCGUCACAGAGGAGCAGAUCCUGCACUACGUGCGCCGGGUGGGCGAUCCGCCACAGCCUGCUCCUGAAGAGCCCAUGGACCUCCAGGCUGCAGAGCAGCUGCCUGAAACCCUGCAGCGCGACAGUGCCGCCUCCCCGGCCCCGGCCACCACGGCGGAGGAGGCCAUGCCCCAGCAGCGAGGGGAGCCGGAGCACGAGGAGCCGCAAGGAGAGCCCCCUGCCCCCGACGCGGAGCCCUGGGCUGCGGCGGUGCCCCCCGAGUGGGUGCCCAUCAUCCGGGAGGACAUCCAGAGCCAGCGCAAGCUCAAGCAGCAGCCGCCCCUCAGCGAUGCCUACUUGAGCGGCAUGCCCGCGAAGCGGCGCAAGACGAUGCAGGGCGACGGCCCCCAGCUGCUGCUGUCUGAGGCGGUCAACAAAGCUGCCAAAGCCGCCGGCGUGAAACCUCUGACGAGCGCCGAGAGCUUGAGCCGGGACCUCGCCGAGCCGGCGCUGCAGGAAGGCUACCGACAGCAGCUGAAAUCCGAUUUGCAGAAGCGGCUGCAAGCUGAUGCGAGCUUCACUCCCCAGCGGUUCCCCAACGCCCAGCAGGCCUUUGUGGCCGAGGACUCGUAAUGGCUGCUGCCCAGGCCCUCCUGGGCUGGGGCCGCACUCUCCCUGGGGCUGCCUCUUUGCCCGUCGCGCACGAUGCAGGCAGCCAUCCCCCUUCUCAGGCCAGAUAUUUAAGUUCCUUCCCACUUCCUCCCCCCCACCUUCUGGUUGCUGUGACCUUCUCCCCCAGUGGAGUGUCCAAGUUGCUGCUGAAAUCAAGUCAAUAAAGCCACUUGUCCAGGGCCUGGUUGUACUUGCA